AUGUUCAAGAAGGUGAAGGGCCCGGAGCACAUCGUGGGGCACCGGCUGAAGGGCGUGAACGCCAAGCGGGACCCCUUGCUGGACGAGCAGCCGGGCACCAACAAGCGGAGCCGCCAGGAGGAUGGCUCCGCCUCGGUGGUGUACAAGGAGACCCCGACGGAGAGGGCCGCGAGGCUUAAGGCGGAGAGGGAGGCCGAGAAGGAGCUGAAGAGGAGCAAGAAGCCCUCCAUGGGCCCCAGCAAGGCCAGCCUGCUGGGCCUGCCCGAGACCGAGGCGGAGGCGUCCGAGGCGCCGGAGGCGUUCGAGGCGCCGGAGAUAGCGGCGGGCGCUCCGGAGAGGUCCAAGAACACCCGGGCGGCGUCCCACAAAGAGAUGAAGAGCAGCUUGGCGGACUUCAAGGACCGGCUGAAGACCUCCCAGCUGCCGGAGCAGGCGGCUGCGGCCGAGCAGCGCCACAGGGAGGAGCUGGAGGCGGAGACGGCCAAGGCCUUGGCGGCGAAAGAGAAGCGCGAGGGCCCGGAUGCGGAUGAGCGGCUGACCAUGAACGAGAUUUGGAAGGCCGGAGAGGGAGGCGACGAGGAGGCCGGGGACUGGCUGGGGGGCGAGGGCUUGAAGUUCCACACCACCGCGGACAAGGCGUUUGCCAUGGCGAACCAGCGCCACAAACAGUCCGAGGAGGAGCAGAUCGCGAACCGGGAGCAGGCGGCGGCGCUUGCCAAGAAACGCAGCGAGCAGCGCAUAGCGGGCGUGUUUUUCUCCUUGUUCCUCUUCGUGCUAACCACCUACCUGAUCUCAGAGAAGGCAGGUGACUUGUACUCCAGCCGGAGGCAGCAGCUGGACUACUGGGGAGGCUGCACCAUGCAGGCUGCCACGCGGCAUUGCAAGGUGAACGAUAUCAAAGAUAUCCCGUCCCUGAUGAUGUGGCUGACGGAUGACUUUGUCCCCUUGGCCUUUACAGAUCGCACAGAGUACCCUUCGGUGGUCAAGUCCCCUUCCGUGUACCGGCUGCAGGACGGCACCAUGCACUGGACGCCUCGCUACGUCGGGGACACGAAGACCUCCAUCCUGAUCGGCACCGUGCGGAUGCGCCAGCUCAGGGUCCAAUACAGCCAGGCCUGUAGCAUCAUCGACGACCUUCAAGGCAUCGUCAGCGACUGUUUCGCGGACUACUCGGACGCGGUGCAGAGCACCUUGUCCUGGGCACCCGCCUGGACACCAGAGCACCUCAAGGAUCACUAUACCUGGAUGAAGGCCAACAUCACAGAGCAGCGGCCCAUAGUCGGGAGGUAUGCGACGUACCCUGGCGAUGGCUUCGUGAUGGAUUUGGGGUUGAAUAUGACCGGGGGGCAGACCAGGUUGCGGGAGCUCCAGUACUGGCAGUGGGUGGACAGUCGGACCAGAGCAUUCAUCAUAGAGCUGAACACGAUCAACCCCAACGUCAACAGCUUUGUGCACAGCAGGAUACUGUUCGAAUUCCCUGCGGCGGGCGGCGUGCUGAUUCGCCAAGAGGUGGGAACUGAGCGGAUUGACAUAGAACGUUAA